AUGAACCAGUCAGUCCCAGCUCCAGGCCGCUGUGUCACGGAGGUGUGGGCGCGCAAAGGGGAGGGCCCCUUGAUAAACAGCGCUGCGCUCUGCUCUCUGCGGCUCAAGUCUUCGCGUUCCUCCACACUCGAUCAGUUCCCAGACCCUGUGCUCCUCUGUCCUCAGCCUCUAUCCGCCUUUGCCCCGGCUCUGAGCUCCAAUUGGCUGCAGGGGCAGAAGACGCGCGGUCCCGGCCCACCCACCAGCGCGCACAUACACGGCUACACGAUGGCAUCUAGUCACGAUUAUCGAGGCUAUCUACGGGACAGCGUGGACCUGGAGGCGACCCAACACGACCGCUUCCACCCGGCGCAGAGCUCUGAGAACACGUGUCGUCCCUUCCUAAUUGGGACCCUUGUUAUUAUGGGAUUGCUUCAGGUGGCUUCCAGUGUGGCUAUCUUAUUGCACCUGACAGGUUAUCUGCAAGAGGUAGAUUUGUCCGCGGCACAGCAUAGACCCAUGGAGGAAAUGCAGAAAGACCCCAUUAUUGGUGCCUUACAAGCCUCGCCAAAGAAAUGCAGCCGGAACAGACGUAAAUUUUCAAGAGACAGUGUGCCGUCAGCUCAUCUACCAAUCAAGGCGGGGCAUGAAUACCCAAAAGGUAAGCCUCAUCCUGUCCCUAUCGAAUGGGACAAUAACCAAGGAGAUCUUCAUUGCGUGAAGUACGAAAAGGGGAAGAUCUUCAUCGACGAGCCUGGAUACUACUACGUCUACGCCAAGACUUGCUUCCGCUACUACAAUCUGGCCGAGGAGGACCGAGAUAUUUCCAACUUGGAUUUCAGCAAAAUUCAGCUCAUCCAGUACAUUUGCCACGACCAGCACCAACAGAACACCAUUGUGGUGAUAGGAAAGACCGGCAGCGCUGUCCAUUGGAACAACGGCAGCUACAACAUGUACUGUGCCCAACAAGGCCGAGGGGUGCGGCUAGAACAGGGGGACGCACUGUUUGUCAAUGUGUCCAACGCAUGGCUCCUGGACCAGGGGAGAGACGCUACGUACUUGGGGGUCAUAAAGCUGUCCAACUGA